AAUAUUUAGUUGGAAGUGAUUAAAUGACUAUGAAUAUUAAUCACUUAAGUGGCGCGUGAAACGACAGUGGAUGUUCCUCGCGCAUCUCUACACAUCUAGUUGCAACAGCUUUAGUUAGUAAACGUUAGCUAACUAGCUAGAUAACUACCAGUGCGACGUUACUCUGAAUUUUUACUCUUACUUUAGUUUAGCUUAGUUGUUUUCACAUUUACUGUACGUUUUUAUUGCUUCUUUGAUAAAGACAGGCGUUGACAAUGAAUUGGGUUGGAGGUUCAAGGAACAGGUUUGUGGUGAAGAAUGAUGCAAAAAAGCAGAGGGAGUUUUUUGAAAAGAGAAAAAUGCAACAGAAGUUGAAAAACUUGGGAAUAGCUCUGCCAGCAUCCCCUCGAGGCACUAGUUCUGGUAGUAUGGACCUGAUGACGUUGUUUAUCGUCAACCAGAUUGCUGCUAAGAAAGUGAAUAGAGAUCCUCCGAAAGUGGCAGUUCUUAGCAGCCCUAAAUUAUCCAAGCAUAAGAGAAAUGAGUCCCUGGUACUCCCAAUGAGCCCCUGCUCUCCAUCCCAGCUGUGCCUUGUUGAGAGCCAGCCUCAGUUCAGUGUUCAAGGAACUAGAAAUAGAAAGCAUGUCAUUCCCCAAGGCUUCAAGUGUCGGCAGCUGUCACCAGUGCUGGAGUCAGCUUUCUCAGACAACAGUGCAUCGGACUACCUGCCACCCAUAACCGACCCCCUCAGCCCUUUUUCCUCCAGCACAUCUGCUUCCUCAGGCCAAGUCAAUUUAGGGCAACGGGUCUCCGCAGGAAUGUUCCCCCUGCAGAGAAGCCAGACGCAGCCACAGCUACCCCCCCACUACACCUUAGGGCUGGAUCAGACCAAGUUUCAGCCUUUUUCCCAACCCAGAGGUAUGACAGACUGCAUCCCCUGGUCCUGUGGAUCCAACCCAGGCCUCUACCAACUGGAGACACCCACAGCAGCCCAAGUCCUGUUCAGAAGUCCAGGGCCAGAGAACACAGAGGCCCACAGGGACCGAGCAAGACAUGAGGUCACCUUCUGUCUCAACCAACCCGAGGACAAGGAUCCUGUGUUGGACUUCACUCUUAACCAAUCAGAAGCUGAGCAGCAGUUUGACGGGGAUGUCUUUAGGGGCUUCAGUACUGAAGAAUGUGAAAGAGAAGCUUGUCAUUUUGAAAGAGGAACCUCAAAGAUAUAUCUCAAAGAUGAAACACCAGCACCACAAACUGUCCCUGACCCGCAGUGCAUGGAAGUGGAGGGCAGCAAACACGUACAUCUCUCCAAAUUCACUGACAUACACUUUUCAUGUCUCGAACACAACAAUGGUCCAAUGAAUGACUGCGAAUACUCACCAAGUUACUCUUGUAGUGGAGGUUACCUCAGUUCAGACUCAAAUGAUGACGAAGAAUGCUGUCAGCCAUGUCUCCAGGCCACCUGUUCAUACAUGGAUCAAGCCUGUUGUGCAGUUAGCCUGAACCCAAAUCAGGGGACACAACACACGCAUGGGAAUCCAAAACAAAGGCACACCAAGCCCAGGUCUCCCACAAAGCUCUUGAAACCCAUAAUGAACUUCAGAGACAAUCAGAAAGUUAUGGAGAACGUAUCAUUUCAAGUUAAAGCCCUAGAAAGUAAUAGCCAACAGCUGGGAGACAACACAGCUCAUCAUGUCUCUCCUCAAACUCAGAGCUCAGAGCUGUGCAAAUGCAACAGAACACCCAAUGAAACUCGAGAUGCUGGAACUCAAACUGUCGACAACCCCACAGCUGAGACAUGUCACGCCGCGACUCAGUGCAGCUUUGCUGCAGACGGCGCAACCGAAGCCACCGGGUGCCGAUCACCUGUUGAUGUGUCAGUACAGCAUCCAGCCACAGGGGGGCACACCGAUACUGCUGCCGAGCCAAGUACACACGCUCCUUUAUCAGGCAAGGCCAGGAGUGGAGAGAAGCACACGCCCAAGGACCCACGGACCAAGAAGAAAUCCACGGCUGGUUUCCCAUCAGGCAGCAGCAAUAUGAACAAAUGCCCUGCCAACAACAGCGAUGGCAGAGUGAUCCUACAGAGACGCAGAAACACCAUUCUAGAUGCUCCGAGCAUGACUGAUGUCAGAGGUAAGGAGAAUAGAGAGGGCAGUGACGUGAGAGAGCAACAGGAAAAUGGCCGUCUGGUGAAAGAUCUCUCAAAUGAAGUGAGGGAGGAGGUCACAUCUGUCACAAGGGGUAAGAGACUCCGAAGAGGGCGAGACACGGGAAAAUAGCUGACACUUUGCUCCUGCUCAAACAGAGGAAGAAAGCAAGGUAGAUAAAUGAAGCAACAGGAGGAAAAAAAACAUGCCUGUUCUGUGCAUGUUUAAAAAAAAAUCAAAAGCAUUAUUUAACAGUUUGUUUUAAGCAAAUAAACCACGUCAAUCGCUCAAUGUGUUUGUUACAAGUGUUACAAAAGAGACGCAAUGAAAUAAAGCUCCAAAGCAUUACUCUGAUUCAUAAGUUUAUUUCUUUCCCCGUAUACACAUUCUAGUGUUAAGAUUUCAAGAAGAUAUUUUUUUUAUAGAAUAUAAACUCUAGCAAAACAUAUACAGCUUGAACAAUAAUCAAAUAACUAUACAGCACUUUUUUUUUAUUGGUAUUUUUUGUGGUUCCUCGUAAACUGUAGAAACCGACAUAGGAAAGACUUGCAACCAUUUCACCAGCAGUACACAUUAAAUGUCCCCGCCGUGGCGGCAGAGGACAGUGUUAACACAACUGGAUGUCAGCAGCUGAAACAAUCCCGCUAAAUAUUUGGUCAACACAAGAUUACACAAUCUGUGUUAUGGAGCUUCAUCUGUGUGCGUUUUAACUGUAAUAAUACUUUCAGUACAAAACUAGUUUGUGUGUGUUUUUUUAAGAUAUCUUGGACCAGAUGAAAAUCCCAUUUGGAAUUAUAGUCAGCCAUCUUUCUCCACCUUUAAACUGUAAGCCAUUUUAUUAGUCUUGUCAUUUAUGAAAACAAUAUGGCACUAAUUCCUGUCAUACUGAUUAAUUGUUUUCAUAAGCAUCCAUAUGUAAACGUGACACCUUGACAAUACCAAACAAUACUUCAUUCAACUUGACUGUCACUGAAAAUGUCAAUACAUUUUGCGAUGGUAUUUGAUAAACAGCUUCUUUUUAUUUAAAAGUUUAUUAAAGAGGUUUUAUUUCUUAUUAAUUCAUGAUAGGUGAGAACCCAUGUGUCAGAAAGGAUGGACUGUCCUUGUCCUUCACCUGUUCACUGGUGUGUCAUUACACGACGUUACGCCAUAGUCUACUUUCAAACAGAUUUUUGCUACACAGAAAUCAAUGUGUAUUUGACUAACAAGGUGUAACCUCACACAAUUUUACAAUUUGUUACAAAACAACAUUGGCAAAUUACAGUAAAGCCUACUCCUCGGCUGUUGACACGAGAACCACAUAGAUAUCCUCUGCUAUUUGUACAUAAGGCUAUGAAGGAAGACCAAAAUCAAA